CACUAUUAUAUCUAGCAGGCACCCGACGGAGAGACUAUUUGGCUCGGCUAUUCGGAUCUUUACCGUACAGCAGUGUACGACUCUUACUCUACCUCACAUUCAGGAUCCCAUUAACGAGCUACAGGAGAUGACGCAAAGGGUUGCAGACAUUCGCCUGCAUCUCAAGAUUAGCCGACAAACAUCAAGAUAUAGGCCCACGAUCUUUUUUUUAACAGUUGUUGAUGGAUGCCCAGAUCCGUCCCUGGUCUUCAAGAAGAAGAGCGAACAACAAAUUUCAUUCGAUACUCCACUGUUGAUCGUCCUCCGAGUCAGUUACCGCCUCUGCACAGCUCGGGAAGACAGUACAAGUAUCGGGAACGCUAUGCGAUUAAAACUCGAUCACGUCUCAUCCAGCACGAGAAGCCCGACAUAUUCAAGCAAGAAUACCAAGUCAACCAACAAUCCCAGCAGUACCAUAAGCACCAGCACUAGUACCGAGGCGGGCCCCAGCACAAGUACCAACGUCGGCGCGACCAAUCCGCCACCGAAAAAGAAAAAAAAGUCUACGCCCAAAAAGGAUCAACUUGCAGCGGAUGAGAUGACCAAGAUUCAACUGAUCAGAGCGAUGCAGACAGAGCACCCUCUUCGAACCUUGGACAUUGGAAUUUUGAAGGCGAAUACGUCUCGAGCAAUAAAGAAGGAGGUUCCAUACGACGAGGAUCUACAGGACAAGCUUCGGCACGCUGUGACCACCUGUCUCUCUGAUAUCUCUAACCUGGCUUCGAAAUCGAAACGUGCGUGCCAACAGGUUAUUGGUCAGUACCUAGAAAGCCUGUCAGUCGAUCACCUUGACGAGGACGACAGAACCAUUCUCAGCUACUUGACUCCUCACUUCUCGGUCCAGGAAAUCGCCGCGGCUAAAAAAGGCACCACCCCGAACCCAGAAGAUAAGUCAUCUGACGACGAGGACGGCUCCGAGGCCAGCAACGAAAACAAGAACUCUCCAGUUGAAUUCUUCCUGUCGCUUCUGGUUACCGUCUACAAGGCCAGCACUCCUCAGGAAAAAAAGAAGGCGAGUGCAGGUGCGGCUGCGUGCUUGUUCUUACGCAAAGCCAAAGACUAUUUGCCACCGAAAACUGGCAGUGGUAGGUUUGUCUCUUGUAAUUGUGGCAGUAAUGUGACCUAUUGA